AUGACAAAGAAACUUCCUACACAAGGAUCUAUUCUAUCCGAUUCUGCAUCAAUUUUGGCAUCACGAUCACCCACAUCCAACUCUUCUCAGAACGUAAAAUCAACAUCCUUAGGCUCUUCCUUGUCUUCUAAUCACGAGUAUUGGAUUCACACGACUACUCUUUUUAACAGUCGCACCAAGUCUUUCGACAAAAAUGUUUCUCUUAGAGUGAACACAAAGACAGGUCUAAUAACGAAAGUUAGCACGCGUGAAAGCUCUCCAAUUACUUUAUUAGGAGACAACGAUCUCGAUCUCCGAGGAAAAACCGUUCUACCAGGUUUUGUAGACGCGCAUACUCAUGUCUUCCUCCACCGGGUAGAUGAAGCCGGUUCACCAUAUUUGAACCAAGAACGAGACGAAUCUCUCAUCUCCCGCACCAUUCAUGCUACAACCAAUUGCCGUCUCGCGCUGCUAGCCGGAUAUACCACGUAUCGUGACCUAGGGACCGAAGGAUGCUAUAAUGCCGAUAUUGGUGUUCGUGAUUCCAUAAACCGCGGUCUCAUCCCCGGACCGCGUUUGUUCGUCGCCACGGAACCUCUAGCUUCUAGUGGUAGCUAUGAGAUUCGGCAAGAGAAUAAGUUGGGCGGAACAGAGACUCCGCGUUUGAGUGAUCCUUGUGAUGGGAUUGAAGGAUGUAGAGCAGGUGUGAGGAGAAGAAUUGGAGCUGGUGCUGAUGUUAUUAAGAUCUAUGCUGAGUAUCGGAGACGUGCGUUACGCUAUCCAGCAUCUACAUACAAAGGUUCCGAAGAUAUUCAGUUUCCCCCAUCUCGAAAUCGAGGAGAAGAUAUUUUUGGCCCUAGAGAGAAGUUGAGAAACCCGAAUUCUCUUCUUUGGAGUCAAGAAGAAAUGGAUGUUAUGGUAGCUGAAGCCAAGCGAGCUGGUGUCCCGGUAGCAAGCCAUGCCAGCUCAGAAGAGGCAGUAAUUAUGGCUGCUAAAGCAGGUGUCACGACUGUAGAGCAUGGACUCAUGCCCAGUGAAAAGGCAUUGCAAGUGAUGAAAGAAAUGGGUACUAUAUAUGUUCCUACAUUAUCGGUCGUAGAAUUAGAGGCGAACGAUGGAGGAAGAGCAAUUUUUAUAUGCAAAGAGCACGCCAGACGAGCUUGGGAACUUGGAGUAAAACUAGCCACAGGAUGCGAUACAGGACCGUUCCCCCACGGAGAAAAUGCGAGGGAGAUGGAGUUAAUGGUUCAAGCUGGGAUCGAUGUAGCUGAUGUGCUAAGAGCUGCUACAUUAGGAGGAUGGGAAGCCUGUGGUGGGGAGUUGUGUGGGCAGGAUUUUGGAUGGCUGGGUGAGGACUGGAUUGCAGAUUUGGUGGCUUUAGAUGGUGAUUUGGAAAAAGAUGAGUUUGAAAAAGUUAUUAGGAACGUCAGCUGUGUAAUAAAGGACGGGAGAAUGGUGGUAGCAGAUGGGAAGAUUGUUGGUUUUGUUUGA